UCUAAGUGCCUGCUUACACAGUACCUGCCCACGUCCUGUCGAAUCCAAAAUGGCGUCAGUUUCCUCGAAAGCCGCGCGAUCUUUCCCCCAGGUUGAGUCAGGGACAGAAGCCAUGGCGUCCGCCAGUACAGGGAGCAGAGUGUCCUGCGGGAGAGAUCUGAAUUGUGUGCCAGAGAUAGCUGACACUUUAGCCGCGGUCGCCAAACUCGGGUUUGACUUCCUGUGCAUGCCCCUCUUCCACCCGAGGUUCAGGAGAGAGUCUGAGUUGGAUCCCGCUAAAUCCAGAGCCGGAGCCCAGACCCGUUCAGAUCUGCUGCUAUGUGGAAGAGACUGGAAUACUCUCAUCGUUGGGAAGCUUUCCCAGUGGAUCGACGCAGAUUCAGAAAUCGAGACGGAGCGCAGAAACUCAGAAGCUGCUCUUGCCCAGGAGCUGAACUUCUCGGCCUACCUGGGCCUGCCCGUCUUCAUGCUUCCUAUGAAGGGGCCCAACAACGCUAACCUGGCCCGAAUGCUGCUGAACCACAUCCACACUGGACACCACACCUCAAACUUCUGGAUACGUGUCCCCUUGAUGGCACCAGAAGACACGCGGGAAGAUCUGAUCGAGAACGAAGCGACGGCGUGUGCCGACGAGACGAGCGUGGAGGAGAAGACCUGGGGCUGGUGGCACUCGUUCAGAACCCUCUGUGAUUACAACAAGAGGAUCUGUCUCGCCAUCGAAGUGGGACCCGACAUGCCGUCAGACGCCGUGAUCGACAAGUGGCUCGGAGAGCCGAUCAAAGCGGCGAUACUUUCCACGAGCAUCUUCCUGACUAAUAAGAAGGGCUUCCCUGUUUUGUCCAAAGCGCACCAGAAGAUAAUCUUCAGGCUGUUUAAGCUGGAGGCUCAGUUCAUCUUCACGGGCGCCAGUCGGCACACUGAGAAGGACUUCAGGUCCUACCUGCAAUACCUGGAAUACCUCAACCAGAACCGGCCGGCGCCCAACUCCUACGAGCUCUUUGCCAAAGGGUAUGAAGACUACCUGCAGUCCCCGCUCCAGCCGCUCAUGGACAACUUGGAGUCUCAGACGUAUGAAGUGUUCGAGAAGGAUCCCAUUAAAUAUUCUCAGUAUCAACAGGCUGUAUAUAAAUGUCUUUUGGACAGAGUACCAGAGGAGCAGAAAGACACUAAUGUUCAGGUGCUGAUGGUGCUGGGAGCAGGAAGGGGUCCUCUGGUUAAUGCGUCGCUGCGUGCUGCCAGACAGGCGGACCGAAAGCUGAGGGUGUACGCUGUUGAGAAAAAUCCCAAUGCGGUAAUCACAUUAGAGAACUGGCGCUUUGAGGAGUGGGGCGACCAGGUGACUGUGGUGUCGUGUGACAUGCGGGAGUGGGAAGCGCCGGAGAAAGCUGAUAUCAUUGUCAGCGAGCUCCUCGGAUCCUUUGGGGACAACGAGCUCUCCCCAGAGUGCUUAGACGGAGCGCAGCACUUUCUCAAAGAUGACGGCGUCAGCAUCCCCUGUUCCUACACGUCCUUCCUGGCUCCUCUGUCCUCCUCCAAGCUUUACAACGAAGUCCGAGGGUGCCGGGAACGCGACAAGGACCCCGAGUGCCAUUUUGAGACGCCUUACGUCGUGAGACUCCAUAACUUCCACCAGCUGGCUGAGCCUAAAGCCUGCUUCACUUUCACACACCCCACAAAAGACAUGAACAACAACCGGUACCAGUGUCUUCGAUUCUCUGUGGAUUGUAACACGGUGCUCCACGGCUUCGCAGGCUACUUUGAGACCACCCUGUACAAAGAUGUCACCCUUAGUAUAAAACCAGAUACGCAUUCACCUGGGAUGUUCUCCUGGUUUCCCAUUCUGUUCCCCCUCAAACAACCCAUCUCCAUAUCCCGGGACGACGACGUCACCGUGCGGUUCUGGCGCUGCAACAACGGGAAGAAGGUUUGGUACGAGUGGGCGGUGACGGAGCCCUCCUGCUCUGCCAUCCACAAUCCAGCGGGUCGCUCCUACACCAUCGGCCUGUGAGCUCGAAGAAUCGGCACACCUGUCAGACAUCCUCCUGUUUUUUUUUUAGUAAGACUGUUUCUGUCUGGGCUAUUCUGGAAAUACCCACAGUAUACCCUCUCUGACUUGUAAUGUUCCACCCUGAGUCUGUAGAGACAUAACUCAAUAAAUCAACUGUUUGUUUUUUUUUGUUUUUCCCAGACGUCUGGUUGAGGAGAAAUGAGUCGUCUCCCACAAACACAAACCCCUUAGUCUGGCCCCUUCAUGUCGUCUUCCAUACGGUUAUGAACAGUUACUGUGGACACGCAAUCCAACUGGAUCUCUGCCUUACCAAACACAUUCCACAUGAUCAAUAGAACGUUAGCAUAAUGUCAGUACACCCUUUAGUGUCAGAGGAAAGUUGCUCUUUUCAGGUCAAGUGUUUGCUGUUGUUUUGAACGUUUUCAAUAAAACACACCAACGUU